AGUACAAAUGUUAAGCAACAUAUUCAACGUAGCUACACUUACAUAUAAUGAGAUUGUUCAUAAAUCAUAAUCAUCUCUAAUGGGAUAUUCUGAUCGUAAGAUUGUUUUCGCAACUUUAAUGUUUUGCAUGUUUUUACUGGGAUCAGCACUUGAUGCGGUCAUGGCGGACCACGGGAAUCAGGGGCAACAGGCAUCCCAGGCUUCGAGGGCACACGAGGCUCAGGGGGCGAGCCAAUUGCCAAGCGGAGACAAAGUCAAAAAUGAAGCGGGCGGACACAAGAGCAAAAGUGAGGUGGGCAGGGAUGAUAUGGGCGGAGACAAGACCAAAAAUAGGGAUGAUAUGGGCGGAGACAAGACCAAAAAUGACGUGGAUGAAAACAAGAUUAAAAGUCAGGCGGGCGGAAACAAUAUCAAAAUCAACCUGGGGUUUUUUCCUCGGCUCAAUCGUCUGAACCAAGGUUUCAUUUUCAGUCCUCCCCCUGUUGCUCCAAGUGUUGUGACCCAAACUCCUGGCAAUGAUCAUGCCGACUAUGUUGAUCCGCAGAACAAGGCUCCUGUUGUUGCUCCAAGUGGCGUGACCCGAGCUCCUGGCAAUGAUCAUGCUGACUAUAUUGAGCCGCACAACAAGGCUCGAGCUGAAGUUGGACUUGGACCUCUUACAUGGAACGAAACUCUGGCAGCUUAUGCUCGAAAUUACGCAAACCAGAGGAUUGCAGAUUGUGAACUAAAGCAUUCUGAUACUAAAGGUGCUUAUGGUGAAAAUAUUGCUCAAUCCCCUGGCCCUGAUGAACUAACACCUGGUGUGGUAGUUAAAUAUUGGGUAGAUGAGGAGAAACCAUUUUAUGACCCCGGGACCAAAAAAUGUUGUGGGGGUGAAUGUAGACAUUAUAUGCAGGUUAUUAAUCCCAACACCAAUAUGCUUGGAUGUGCUCUAGUGCAAUGUAAGAAUAACUUGGGCUAUUUUGCCACUUGUAAUUAUAAUUGGUGA